AUGAAGAGAAAGAGAAUAAUUGUUGGAAGGAUGAAACUGAAAGAAGGUGUAGGAUAUUUUGGAGAGAAGGAGAAACAAGAGAGCAUACAUAUACUGGAAGAAUGUGAAGGAUUGAGAGAAUCGGAGGAAAGUAGGGAAGAAGUGCUAAACGAGAAUGGAAGAGGACUGGCUAAGGCAUGGCAGCAGCUCUCCAACAACAGCAAGCAGCUUAACAAGAAUAACGAAGUGCGCAAGGAAACAUUUAAAAAUUACAAAGAAAGACUCGACCUUCAUUUUCAAGUCAAAGGUUACCUAACCAAACUUCUUGAAGAUCAUUUUUGUCCGAAAAAGAACCCUCUUGUCAAGCAACACAAGUUUCUGUCCAUAUAUCAUCAAGAAAAUGAAUCCAUUGCCGAAUAUCUUGGUACACUCCGUCAAGGUAUCGCAGAUUGUAAUUCCGUCUGUGACUGUGGAAAGUCUAUUGCUGAUACAUUUCUACGUGCGCAAUUUAUACGUGGAAUUUGCGACAAUUCGAUGCGACAGCAAUUACUACAAAACUCGAAACUCACAUUCGAUGAAAUUAUUAAUAAAGUGCUAACCUACGAAGCAUCAAAAAUAGCUAGUAAUGAAAUUUCAACUCAAAACCUAUCGACUGCGACAUCAAUCAAUAAAGUAUCAACUAAGUCUUCAAAUCAUUGUAGCAGUGGUAGAAGUUGCAACGAUAACCAUUCUAAUAAUUCCAAAUAUCGUUAUCGAUCUAAAUCCAAAAUAAAUUACAGACAUCUCGGUACCAACAACUUGUGUCUACGUUGUGGUCGAAAUAAUCAUCUAGCCAAAGAAUGCAGAAUAAAUCCAAAUAAUCUUAAAUGUCAAUCUUGUAAUAGAACAGGACAUGUUCAACGCAUAAGUAUCCAGUCAUUAUUAAAACAAAAAUCAAAGAAAAAUGUUCAAGCCAUUCAAGAUACUGAUAAUUCAAUUGAAACAGAAUACUAUUCAAAUCAAGAUCUACACAGUAUAAAUGAAGUAGUCGAUAUUUACAAAAACAAUCAAACAGAUGCUCAAAAAUACUUCACAGAUGUAUAUAUUGAUGGUAAAAUCCAAACUUUUGAAGUAGACUCUGGUGCAGGCUACACUCUUCUACCUGAAGCUGACUUCCACCGUCUACACUUGAACAUUCCGCUUAAAAUAUCACGCACUGGAUUUCGAUCAUACACUGGAGAGAUCUUUGCUUCCUCCGGUACAGUUAAUGUUAUAGUAGAAUACCAAGUGCGAAAAUCCAACGAAGAAAUGUACAUCGUUUCAUCAAAGUACUCUCCAUUGUUAGGACGCAGGUGGAUCCGUCAUUUGGGAAUAAACCUUCAAGACUUGGAUAAUACGAAAAUUUUUUCAUCGAAAACUGAUCACCCUGUGCCCAACCUUGAAUCUACUUAUGAAAUUAUUUCAAAGUAUUCUGAAAUCUUCCAGCCCAUAGUGGGAUGUAUUCCUAACGUAACCUGUUCCCUAAAACUAAGAGAAAAAUCGAAACCUACCUUUUUAAAAGAACGACAAGUUCCAUACACUCUCCAGGAAGCCGUCAAAAAAGAACUUGACAAUCUAGAAGGAGACAACAUCAUCACCGGAGUGGACACCAGCGGCUGGGGAUCUCCCCUUGUGGUAAUUCCAAAACCCGAUGGCACCGUAAGACUUUGUGUCGAUUACAAAAUAGCAGUAAACCCGCAACUGACAUCUGCCCACUACCCAAUCCGAAGAAUCGACAAUAUCCUGAACAAUCUAAAAGACUCAGCUUAUUUUUGUCGCCUCGACCUCUCCAAAGCCUACCUGCACGUAAAAGUCGAAGAAGAAAGCAGAGCAAUACAGACUAUUUCGGCCCACCGAGGAAUAUAUCAAAUGAACAGACCCUUCUUCGGAAUCAAAACAGCACCGAGCGAAUUUAAUAGAAUACUCGAUCAGAUUCUUCAAGGACUCGAAGGAACUUUAUCAUAUUUCGACGAUAUAAUCAUUCAUGGGUCGUCACUCGAAGACUGCAAGAAAAGACUUAUCAACUGCUUCGAACGAUUAAAAACUUAUAAUCUCCAGAUCAACAGAGGAAAAUGCGACUUUUUCAAGAAAGAAAUUCAAUAUCUAGGUAUUAUCAUCAGUUAUAAUCAAAUAUCAAAUAUACCCAGUAAACACAGUUGUGAUCUUGACCUGACAGGUACGUACUCACAAAAGAACAAUAAGUACAUCGCAUCAUUAUGUCUUAACGAUAUACCUGGAACGUAA